AUGUCAUUCAUGAAGAGGUGAAGUCAGCACCUGCAGGGAGGAAAUAGAGAUGGUACAAAAAGUCAAGAUGUGCUACAGGGCUGGUUGUUGGCUCCAAAGACUCACUUUGUGGACUUCAAACUGUACUUCAUUUAUAAUCCUGCUAGAAAAAUGUAUCCAGUAGAUGUUCUGACCAAUAAAUGGGAUUUUUCUGUUUUUCAAAUCCCAUUACUACUAAUGCAGUGUUAAAUAUGCUAUAAAAGACAGAGGACGGAGAGUUCUUAGAAUAACGAUGGGCAACCCAGAAGUUAGCUCAUGUGUCCCUAGCCAGGGUCAAACUCACAAAAUACUGGAUUUUAGUUUCUUAUUUAGAUCUUAUUUUUGGGACUAUUUUUGGGUGGGGACUUGCUUUUGGGUGGCCAGGGACCACAUAUGACCACAGCACUUUAAAGUCCUCGCUACGACCCAGUAGGUAAGACCUCAUGAGAGACUGGGGCCGGGACGGGUCGUGGUCCACAGCUGCUGUCCGUCCUCCUCCGUGUUUUCUCCGCCCUCUCUAGUUUAUAAAUGAGCCUAACAACAUCCAGCCAGUCAGCGGGGAUAGCUCAUACAGGCGCUGCUGCUUAACGUACGUAACAUGGCGGAGAACGGCAGCGAACAGCCGCGGUCCACCCGGUCGUGUUCUCCAGCACCGCAGUAGAAGUGUCCUCUGUUAGCUCGGUCUCUGGGUCCACAGUGAAGGGACACGUUGCUUUGUCUCUACAGGAGGAAACAGUGGAAAUGAGCCGCGCGUGAGGAAUUCGAGAUGCGCCGACACGCGACAGACGUCCAGGAGCCGGUGCAGGAGUGUGCCCCCUCCCCGCCGCUGCCUGCUGAUCAUGUGCUCGGCUCUGGAGCUGUGCUGUUCCCUGGUGCUUUUGAUCAACAUGGUUGCCCUUUGAUCGUGUUCCCAGUGGAAGGACAAGCCAAACUGUCCUCAGAACUCAGCAAAGCAGAAGUGGUGGACUUCAUAAAUUACUUUCUGUGUCUGCACAAUAAGAAGCAGGAGAAGGAGAGUUUGGUGUCAGUGGUGGCUGAUCUGAGGCAUGCCUCGCUUCCUACAACCAGGUUCAUCGCUGAGACUCUGCUUCUGCUUGAGCUGCACAAGCGGACAGUCCACAGUGUGUACAUCAUUCAGAACAAAAAGAAGGAUGUUGCCAAGCUAUUGCUGAAACUCCUGGCUCCGUCCAAGGCCUACCCUGUGUCUUUAAAGAAAGUCCUUCUGAAAGAAAUCUCAGAGCUCUCCAACUACAUCGAUCGGAGCCAGCUAACGGCACCGCUGGGCGGCUACCUUAUUUACUGUCACCAGAGCUGGGUUGCCUUUAUUAAGGAGAUUGAUGCGUUUGUCCAGGAGUUCUUGUCUGUGGUCCAGCGGCUGCCCUCGUACAUCUCCACCCUGCAGGUUCUGUCCCGACUGCCGCUGCCCUCCACCUUCAGCGAGCUCCAGCACUUCUGCUUCACAAACGAAGCCAAGUUCCAGCAGCUCAGGAGGGAGCUGGGGCUGGAUGAACUGCUGAGGCGCUGUGAGAGUGUGGUGGAGAAGCUGCGUUACCCUGAGAAGGAGCCGUGCUACCAGGCGAUGGCUGGCACUGCCCUCUUCACUCACACCGCCUUCGACAUGCUCCAGAAUCACUGCAGGAUAACUGAAGCUGUGGAAAAAGUGGAGCUGCUGUGGCAGCAAGCCUUUUCUAAGGCCCAUCUCCAUCUGCAGGUGUUCCAGCUGCGAGAGGACGCACUGCAGAUCACAGAGCAGAUCAACACUCUUUUUAAAGAGAAACUCCAGCCUUACAAAAUAGAGAUUGCCAAGGAUGCUGCCAAGGCGGUGUUGUUGGUGUCCGAAUUUGAGGCAUCCAUUCACACCCCUGCUAUGGCACUUGUUCGCUGCGCUGAAGACGUGAUCCACACAUUGGCAGAGAUCCUACCGUUAGAUGGCCAGACCAGCGAGCGCUGGCUUCUGGAUCUGGAGAGGCUGAAGGAGAAACUCCACUCUGCUGUGCACUUCAUCCUUCAAACCCUCAGAGCAGUUUCCAGCUACCAUCACUACUACAACAAGGCCAGCAGCUGGUACCGCCUGGUCCUCUGUGAGAACUUCCUCCAGGAGCUGCUGUCGGGCGUUAAUGGAGACGGCGCUCCCACGCAGAGGCAGAGGAAGAACUGGGGCACAAUCCCUGCAUGGAGGCACAAAAUGUCCACUUUCCUGAAGAAGAAUCCCCCUCCAGAUAUGGAGGAGCUAGUUCAUCUGGCUCAUCUGUCUAAUGUCGUCCCAGAUGAUGAGGUCCAGCAGGCGGGCAAACAGAUGUCCCAGAGGUGCGUGACCCUGAGGAAACUCCUAAUUUCUUCAGGACCUGUACCAGUCGGUCUCCUUAAGCUGGCCUUACGGUGGCAGUAUGAGUUGUUGCGGAGCAGCCAUAUACAUCAUUCCUCUGCUCACAGUGCUACAAACGGAAUGGAUGUUCCAGACCUCAUAAGAGGUGAUACUGGCAAGGAAGCGCCCCAUCUUGGAACAUCUCCUUCAAUUGCAGUUUCUGGGAAUGCGCCAGCUGAGAGCAAACCCCUCUCCCUCAGCUCAUUCGACUCAGGUUUCGAUGGAGCUGGGAGCAGCCAGCUGGAGGCCUGGGGAGGGAGGGAAGGAGUGGAAGGUCUGUCAAAAUUAGGGACCAGGGACUCUGUGAGACCAGCCUUGAGCCAGCCUCAAAUCCACAAAGAGAAUAUGUCCAGUGUUUCAGAUUCUGAAGAUCACAAAGAGGAGUUUGACUUUGGCUCUGUGGGAAACUCGUCCAGGGCCAGCAUCCAGAUCAUCCCUAAAGUAACUGUGGAGUCCCUCAACUUUGAGAUCAAAGUGAAGCGCUCUGCUGCGUUACCCAACAAUCCUUGGCUUAGCUUGCCGGUAGACGAUCUGGAAAACUCUUACACAGUUACCAUUAAACAGAACCCAACACCGCAAAAGAGGGACCUACACGAUCCCUCAGACCUCCAAGCUGAUGCCAACCACUCCAACAGGUCUCGAGAUCAGCCCACACAAACAGAGGUGAUGACUAGCACACAGGACAGAGGGCCACAGAACAGGGACUGGAUACUAGAUUCACAAAGCAGUUUGGAGGAUCCUGAGCUAAGUCCCAUUUGCAACAUCCUGUCCAGCACUAUUACAGACAGAAGAGAUAAGUCCAUCUGCACCACAGAGGGGAUCCCUACUCUCCUCUGGGAUUCUUAUGACCUCCAUGACCAGAAUCAGGAUUCUGUUGACGGGUUGGUUGAUCUCUCCCUAAAGGACUGGGAUGUGAAGGAGCAGGAGGGUCUGAAGGAGGUGGAGAAGAUCCUGGACAGGGCUGAUGAAAUACUGGAGAGAGAAGAACAUGUUCUGGCUCAGGAGGCGGUGCUGGAUGCUCUGCUGAGGUCUGAGGACAGGCACAAUCAGUGGCCUCUGUGGGACAGCGAGGACCAGCUCGGUGUAAUGUCAUCUAGCGAGCUGGCUGAAGCAGGCGUUCUUGGCCUCGAGGAUUUCCUUGUCCCUGCAGAAUCUGACAACCUCAGUGAACCCCCAUCAACUGCACCUGCAAGUGAAGCUAAGGCCUCUUACGAUGAAGCUCCCACAGGAGCAGAUGCAGCAGCAUUUCCCAGCAGGCCGGAUCAGCUGACAGAGCUGAGAAAAGUCCGCGUGCUGGAUGAGCUAAUUGUGGAGGAGAACCUGAAGAUCCACAAGCUCCGACGCUGCAAAGAAACACCCAAUGAGGAACUCUCCGAGAGCAAACUCCCGGAUACAAACGGGCUGUCGAUUAUGCGCAAAGAGAGGGAGGCUUUCCGGUUACAGCUGGAAAGGGAGAAAAGGGAGGUGGAGAAGCUCGAGAAAAGUUUGGGCAAAGAGUGUAAAGUGAAGAAGCACAAAGACAGAGCUAGAAAGGUUGUGAAAUGUUCUAUAAUGGAGAAGGCUAGAACUGAGAAUAAGGAGGACCAAGUGCUCUGUUAUGAGCUUUUAUCAGGGAGCUGUAACAGAUCACAGAGAACAUAUUCUUUGGUCCAGAAGGAUCCUCAGGCUCAGGAUAGCAGUAAAUCUGAACAUAUUCAAGCAGUAUUGUGUCAUGAUGAUGCUAAAGACACUACACUACAAGACUUACUUCCAGAUUCGCAAUGUCAGGAUCACUGCUCCGAAGCUGAGCCAUCAAUAUUUAAUAAAACUGUCUUGAUAAGUGCUUCUGAAUUGAAGGAUCCUCCUGAAGAACUUCAACUAUGUAUCAAUGGGAAAGAAUUUGACAGAUCUGGUAAAAGCGCUACCAUGUGCAAACCAGAGCCGUCCCUAACCCCUGAGAUGAGCCCAGAUGAUGGAGCGUUUGACCCAGGUGGAAAAUCACACCUUCCUCCUGUGCCUAAGCCAAGAAAGGCUUCGCUUUCUGUGAACGGCGACCUCGCAGGACAAGAAAUUCCUCAUACCAUAGAGCCGCAGUCACCAGUUGCUCAAGAUCUCGCUAUUGUGCAACCUGAUCUACAACAUAAACCACUUGAUGCAGUGCCAGAGAACCCGACUCCAGCCAGCAGCUACAACUUUACUUUCAAUCCAAAUUUGAAUGAACACAGCAACAACAACAAUAACAACCAUGCGCUCUCAGAGAAAUGCAAGUUGUCAUUAGAUCUGUCUGAAAUAAGCACUAAAGCUGAAGAGGAUGAAUCUUCCUCAGUGGUAGCAGAUUUACACCCAGCAGAGGAAAUCCAGUCUAUAUCUCCUGUAGAUGAGUGCACAUAUCAACAGUGGGCACCAGAGCUGCCUCCUGACCAGCCUCUGGAGUUUGAGCCCAGUGGAGGAGAAGACUUGACUGAUGGUUUUCAGAGCUCUGGGUCCAUGAGGGUGUCAGGCUCUGGGUCAUGUGGGUUUCAGGCCCAGCUUGACAUCAGCACAAGAGAGAUGACAGAUUUCAAGACCCCCAUAGUACUGGAUACAGGGUCUGGUUUGAUGAAAGCAGGAUUUGCAGAUCAAGACCUCCCCAAAAUUAUAUUCCCAACAAUUAUCGGGAUACCAAAAUAUGAGGAAAUAAUGAAUGGUAACCUAGAAAGGGAGACGUAUAUUGGACAUGAGGCUCAACACUUGAGAGGGGUUCUGGCUCUGAAGCAUCCCAUAAAGAAUGGGAUCAUCCGUAACUGGGAUGAUAUGGAAAAGAUUUGGCAUCACACGUUCCAGCAGCUGUGUGUGGAUCCGGAGGAGCACCCUGUUCUGCUGACCGAGGCAGCCAUGAACCCCUUGGAGAACCGUCAGCGCAUGGUGGAGAUUAUGUUCGACUGUUUCAACGUACCCUUCACCUACGUGGCCAUGCAGGCAGUGCUGGCACUCUAUGCAGCAGGGAGGACCACUGGUGUGGUGUUUGACUCUGGAGACGGAGUGAGCCACAGUGUGCCUGUGUUUGAGGGAUACUGUCUACCUCAUGCAGUGCAGCGCUUCCCUCUGGCAGGAGUAGAUGUGACAAUGCAUCUUAAAAAGCUUCUGCAGGAACAAGGAGUGAGCAUGCGCACCACAGCAGAGACUGAGAUUGUGAGGGAGAUGAAGGAGAAGUGCUGCUGUGUGGCUCUAAACUAUGAAGCUGAGCUGAGUCAGGGGGGCCCAUCCUGCAGAGAGGUGCAUUACACCAUGCCAGACGGCCAGAUUGUCACCCUCAGCACGGAGAGGUUCAGGGCCCCUGAGAUUCUCUUUAAACCUGAGCUAAUUGGACGGGACCAUUACGGGAUGCACGAGAGUGUCUUCAAGUCAAUCCUCAGCUCAGACAUCGACCUGCGGCGCGGCUUCCUGGGAAACAUCGUACUGUCAGGUGGGAACACUCUGCUGCCCGGCCUGCCCGAGCGGCUCCAGACCGAGAUCAAAGGGCUGGUUCCCACUGACAUGGGGGAGAGCGUUCAUGUCACCAGCCCAAAGGACAGAGACUUCUCUGUGUGGAGCGGAGGAGCAGUGCUGGCCAACCUGCCCACCUUCAGCUCCGCGUGGAUUAGUCAGGAGGAGUAUGAGGAGCAUGGACCACAGAUUGUCUUUAGGAAGUGUUUCUGAGAAGGACCACCGUGUGACGUACCACCAAGUGCAAUAUACAUACAGCUCAAUCACAGUGCCAUGGAUUGAUCCCUUUUUAUAUAUAUAUAUAUAUUUUUAUGUAUUGAUGAGUUUGUUUUUUUUGUGGAGACGGUUUCACCCUCGUCAUCUGUGUGGAUCCUGUACUUGACCCCAGCGGGUUUCUACUGACCUGCUGCUUGCUUUAUGCCUUUCCUACUGAGAUCCACCAACAUGGCAAGGAUGAAAUUGGCGUUUGUGAUAAAAUUCCUCUCAGUCGAUGUCCCUAAAGAGCUUUUUCACUGUGUGUGAAGUUUCCCAUUUUGGGAAUAUGUGUCUAUGAGAAUUUAAGCAUAUUAAUGUUGAUUAAUGGGACUAUAAUUGAAGCUGGCCAUUAAUUGAACUUUUGUCUCCAGAAUAAGCAGUUGAGGGACAUAAAGAAACCUCAAUGUGCCCACUAUAUAUUAAUCUACUAUUAACUACAAAUUAUGGAGUGUAUUUAUACAACAAUUUAAAGUAAAUUUGGUAUAACAGAUUAUCUUUUUAAUGUGUUCAAUAUGGUGAAAGGUGCCUUCAUUUUGGAAUCUGGAUCAGUGCCACUGUGCAGUGUCUACUACUUUUUUAUUAUAUCAGCAUUAAAUGAUCUUUACAAUGGAUUAUUUGGGCCACAAGAACAUUUUUCUCACUUCAAAUUAUGUAAUAUUCCAACUUUUCUCCCUUUUUAAAAUAUCAACUUUUUCCUUGAUGUCACAACUUCUUAAAACAUUGCAUUUUUUCUCUUGUGACUCUUGAUUAAUAAUGUGAUUUCUCACGUUCCAACUUUAUUUUGUCACAAAAUUACAAAACCUUUUCAAAAUUUUGACUUUCUGUCCUCAACAUUGCAAAUUUUUAACUCAAACUUGACUUUUCUUGAAUAUUUGUAAUAACAUUACAACUGUUUGUUUUUUUCUAAAUGUUAUUUUUUUUUACCUCAAAACUUUUUUCCAUAACAUUACAUCUUAACAGAUGAUGAUAUAACUUUUUCAUGUCAUAAUUGUUUUCAUUACUUUUGCAAAAUUUUCGAUUUAAAAAAAAAAAAAUAUUUUUUUCAAGCAGUGGCCUUAAUACUCAAAGUAAAGCAUCAUUGCACAUGAAUAUUUGCUGUUGCUGCAGUAAUGUGAACUGGAGAGGAGAAAAGUGUGGAAUUGUGGGGUUUGUAUUCUAGAGUUGUGUCUCACUGGUGGUUAUUUCCCUGUGUGUUGAUUCUCCACCCAAGUUGCCCUUUGCUUAGUGAGGGUCGGUGUGCAGUUGGUAAUGAUGGUGAGAGAUGUGCAGUACAGUACUGGUCUGGCAAUGUCUGUUGAAUAAUGCUACUGCUGCAGUAGUCUUUGUCUAUUGUGUCAAGUUGAAAUGAGUAUUUAUCUAUGAGUGCAGUGUCUUGCCAUUUAAUUUUUCUUCUAAACUAUCUUCUGAUCUGAGAACGGUGGUUGUGUGGGUUUUUUAACACUUGCACGGUAGCAUUGAUUUUUGUGAAAGAUGUUCCAACGGUGUCAAAACUGCUGUUUCUCACUGCCAUGAACUCUGAAAACCCUCUUGUCAACCCUGUGUAUUUAUAUUUAUCUCUUGCAUGAAAUGAUUUAAUUGCAUGUAAUUUAGUUUCAGCUUUUUGCAUGAGCUCCUUUUUGUCUUUUUCUUUGUAUGUUUUGUAAAGUGCCUCUCUAAAGGCAUGGGGUUGUCAUGUGACCUAGAGCUCCGCUCUUAAGUGGGAAUCACUGUUAAAUGUGACUGUGGGAACUCCAGGCUGAGCCUUACGUAAGGACUCAAGUGAACAGCUCACGUCCCCUCCCUCCCUCCCUCCUCUCCACGUACUGUAACAGUCUGGACUGAGUCUAGCAAUGUUUCACCCAAACCAUACUAUUUAUGUCAUGUCUUGUUUUUAUAAUAAAUAUUUUAAUCAUCA